AUGUCUGAAGCCAUCGUAACCUUCCAGUCUAAGCUCUCUGGAGUCAUGGAGACGGUAUUCAAGGCUGCCAUGUACGAGAUCACCAGGCUGGUGGAGGAUAGCUUCCUGAAGGAGGUGUCCCGGAGCCGGGAGCAGAUCGAAGCUGGACGAGGAAGCCGAGGGGCAAGCUCUGGAAUCUCACAGACGGGUGCGGAGACGGGGCGUGGCCUGAAGCAGGAGAAAGUACCAGGGGAGGAGUGGACCAGCUGUGGGUGCGUGGCCGGGGAAACAGCCUUCCAUGAUGUGAAGGAGGCAGAGGCCACCAGUCCUAGGAGAACAUCUGAGUCCACAGAGGUCGCAGGUCAGAAGCUGGACAGCCUGCUGAAAGAGGAGCCUCUCCACAACACUGAGCUACAGGAGAAAUGGGAGUUCUGCCUGGAUGGGGCCGAUGGUUCAGACGUCUCGGGGCCCAGUAAGAGUUUCAGUGAGCAGGAGCUGCAGCAGUGCCAGGAUGACUGGGCAUCCGGUCUAGACCAGGGGCCUGAACCACCGGGUCCCGAGGGAGACCCAGGGGACCCCACUGACCCUCUCUACCGCCCUCGUUACAGCAUGGAGGAACUGGGGGGCGGCUUUGAGAAGUCUGGUUACGGCGGUGAUGGUGAUGGAGGCCAUCGUCUAGACUUGGAAGGGCUGGAUAGUCUUCCUGGUUCCUCGUCUCGUCUGGGGGCGCUGAGCUACGGAGCUGCGGGUCACUACCAGGUGGACCUGGUGGGGUCUGAGGGGGGAGACCAUCACUCCCACAUGCCUGGCCCCCAUCGGAGCCGGAGGGAGCGGUUAGGGUUGCCAACGCGGUCCCCCCAUCUGGAGGUGGGAGACCUGAACUGCCUGUUGAUCAACGAGGAGGGGUACCUGCAGGACUCCAGUGUCUUGUACCCCGAACAUGGUGUCCCAGAGGCGGGUAACAGAGCUGACCACAGGGGGAUAACCUCCAUCCACUCUGGAAGCUCAGCCCACAACGACGACUUUGGACACUCUCUAAACCUCAGAGAUCGUUCACAAGAGCAGUUAACAGGAAGAGUGGGAGGAGGGGGGAGACGUCACGCCUGCAAUCAGUGCACCAUGACCUUCCCAGACUCUGGCUCCCUCAAGGCCCACAAGCAAACACACAAAACAGAGAGAGGGUCAAGUACAGGGUCUGGGUCUGGGCCUCCAUACUCCUGCACCCAGUGUGGUAAAACCUUCACCCAGGCCUGCAACCUCAAGGUCCACCAGCGGGUCCACCAGGCCAAGGGACUCCACCUCUGCAGCCACUGUGGCAAGGGCUUCACCUCCUUCUCCGACCUGAAGAGGCACAAGUGCAGCCAGACGACAGACAAGCCCUACUGCUGCUCCAUCUGUGGGAACAAGUUCAGUCGGCUCUGGAACCUGAAGGUGCAUCAGCGUAUUCACACGCAGGAGAAACCCCACCGCUGCACUAUGUGUGACAAGAGAUUCACGCGGGCAGACAUUUUGAAAGUGCACCUGCGCACCCACACUGGGGAGAGACCGUACUGCUGUGCUGUUUGUGGACUCAGCUUCAAAAGACUGGCCCAUCUGAAGUCACACCAGCGCAAACACAGGCCGGAACUCCUGGACUGAUUUUUUUUAUUGCUACAUUUUUUUUGUCAUAUAGCAGACACUCUAAAAACAGAGUGACUUACAAUUAGUGCAUUCAUCUUAGGAUAGCUAGGUUUAUUAUUAUUUUAUUUGACAUUGAGAACAUUUCUUGUGAUCAGUUGUUUAUUAAUAAGGACAUGUUUGCUGUGAUCUAGUGUACUAUAAAAGAGACGUCUCUCCUAUUCUUAACACUUUGCCCAGUCAUAUUCAAUGUCAGAACUACUUUUCUAGGGGUUCUGAUGCUUCUAGCCUUGAUCUGCAUUUUUAUAACAUAUCUACAAUAUUUCACUUUUUAAUGUGUAUAGUAUUUCCUACUAUGUGUUGUCUAAUGAAUUCUGUAACCACUCCCUCUUCAUAUUGAUUGGUUGAUUGGAAAAUGCUGUUCAAAAGAGGACAUUGUAUUAUCAUAUCUUUGUACUCCCUGAUGAAG